UGAUUUGAUUUGAAUCUUAUCAGCAUGUAUUAUAGGCAUAAGGGUUGCCUUUAAAUAACGCAAUUGCAAUUGUAACUUGUGCCAUACAGGACUGAAGACGGCAGGAUGAAGACUUUACUGGUUUUAGCAACAGUUAUUCUUGCAGCUUCAGCUGCACAUUUUCUUGAUGGAGAAUGGAAAGUCUGGAAAUCCAAUUAUGAAAAGAAAUAUGUGAAUGAUAAGGAAGAAGCUAUUCGAAGACAAAUUUGGGAGGAAACUUGGCAGAAAGUACAGAAGCACAAUAGUUUGGCUGAGAAAGGAUUGAAGAAUUAUACUUUGGCAGUGAAUAUGUUUGCUGAUAUGACUGUUCAAGAACUGAUACCAAAGAAAACAUGUAAUGCAAAACAGGUUCAGUCAAAAACAGAUAAAAAACCAACAUCCACUUCAAAUUAUACUUGUGAUAGCAAGAAAAAUAAAGAGGAUUUGGUGGAUUGGAGGACUUCAGGAUGCGUCUCCCCUGUAAAAAAUUCAGGACUGUUUUGUCAAGCAUGGUGGGCUUUUGGCAUGGUGGGCGUCCUAGAAUCCCGUUACUGCAUUAAAGAAAAGCGACUAUUUAAAUUCAGUGAGCAGCAAUUGAUCGACUGUAAUGAAGGAAAUGAUGGCUGUUGUGCUGGAACAUUUGAAUCCAAUUUUAAGUAUGUUAGCGAAAAUGGGAUCAUGGUGAGCAAGAAAUAUGGAUACAUCCAAGGGCAAUCUGAGUGUCAAUACGAUCCCAAGAAAGCAGUAAAAGUAAAGGUCUCCAAAUAUUACACCCUCUUAGGAGAAGACAGUAUUGCUAAUGCAGUGACAGAAGAUGGGCCAGUUGCAGUAUCUAUGCGUGUAUCUCCAGAAUUCCUCUUGUACAACGGAGGAGUUUUUGAUGGGGAAUGUUCCCAAGUACUCACACUGGGGAUGACAAUUGUGGGUUUGGGGUCCGCUUGCGGAACAGAUUAUUGGUUGCUCAAAAACAAUUGGGGGAAGGCAUGGGGUGAAAGCGGCUAUGUAAGAGUGAAACGCAACGUCAAUCAGUGCGGGAUCGCCAACAAUGCAGUGGCUGGAGAUGUUGCUUCAAAAUAAAGAAGGAAAGAAAAAACAGCUUAAUAUUGUCAUUUUUCUGUAUUAUUAUAUCUGAGUAUAUUAUGACUUUGUUUUGUGCCUUCAUUUCAGAUGAGGAUGGAAAACAAACAUUCUAUUUUAUUCUUAUUUGUUGAGGUUCGCUGUAAAAUAAAACACCUAUGGCAUCUUUAGUUCAAAAGUAUUCCAUCAUUUUGUGUAGCAUACAACAGCCUGAAAAUGCCAUUUGGUAGCAAUGUCACCUUACUGAUCAUGUAAAUUCAUUGACUAUUUAAAUGUAUUAAACUACUAAGUAUAAUGUAAGUAUUUUAGUGAACUUUAUUUGAAAGUCCUACCUGCCACUGUUCUGGGCAUACCAAACCUAGUUUAUACUGACUGCUAAAAUGUAAUAAAAUAAGUAGUUCUGGAGGUAGGUUGUGAUCAGUGCAGAGCUUGUCACAUAAGCCAAACACCUACCUGUCUAUUUUCCUCAGUGAUAAAUAGAGGCAGGGAGGGGAGAGGAGAGCAGACAAAUUCAAUGCAAUGAUAUAAAUAUUUAAAGAUGCUUUUUAGUUGGCAGAAAAUUUAACUAAGAUUAGCAUGAAAAAAUAUACUUGGUGAAUUACUAUUUUAAUUCUGUAUGUGUAAGCUAUUUUUUUCCGUGGCUUGUUCUUUACAAUCAUGUCAUUAAAUAAAACUUUGCAUGA